AUGAAAUGCACACAACUCAACCGGCGCCAACGGAUCAGCCUUGCACUGAUCUCUGCCUUUCUCCUCCUGCUGGCCGUUCACUAUCGCAGCCAAAGGCGCUUUUCCUUCCACAUUGCAAAGACAUCUCAUCUUCCUGUAUCUCUACAACCUCCGAAAACUCACCCUCCCCUCCCCCUCCCCCUCCCCCGGGCCCCGGCCCCGGGCCCCGGCCCCUCAACAUCAGACUUAGAUUCUCAAAGUCUCAACGAUGAACCAACUAUACCCCAUCACACCAUAACGCGUUCCCUAGUAAUCGCCUCCAUCCUCGACGAAAACACUGCCUGGGCCUCCGAACUGUCCUCCACAGACCCCAACCUAACCACGGCAAUCUAUAUCGUUGACAACCCUAACCCAAACAACACCACCAGCAAGCCCCCCCACCUAACCGUCCCCGCAAACAAAGGCCAUGAAGCCAUGGUCUACCUGACCUACAUAAUAGACACCUACCACGCCCUCCCGGACAUCGUCAUCUUCAUGCACGCCCACGACACAACAUGGCACAACAACGAUUUCCUCUCCUCCUCAGGCCAAACCGUCCAACGCCUCCGCAGUGCCAAGGUCCUGCGCGACGGCUACAUGAAUCUGCGCUGCCACCACGAACCAGGCUGCCCAGAUCACAUCCACCCCACCAAGCCAACCACCACGGCCACCGCGGCCACCACAGCCGGCGAAGGCGAAACCGACGAAACGCAGAGCCACGACGACGCCCUCAACAUCCCCGAGUCUGCCGUGAUGGGCCUCGCCUGGACCGAGCUCUUCCCCACCACGCCCAUCUCGCGCGUCCUCUCGCAACCCUGCUGUGGGCAAUUCGCCGUGAGCGGCAGCCGGAUCCGCGCCAUGCCGCGCGAGCGCUACGUGCAGUUUCGGGAGUGGCUGCUGAAGACGACACUGGACGAUCGGCUCAGCGGGCGGGUGUGGGAGUAUCUGUGGCAGUAUGUGUUUGGAGGGGUAGAGGAGUACUGUCCGGACGAGUAUAGCUGUUAUUGUGAGGGGUAUGGGGUAUGUUUUGGCGGGGAUGAGGGGCGGUAUCGGCGGUAUUUUGAGCUAAGGCAGAAGAGUCGUGAGAUUGAACGGGAGAUUGAGAGGCUUAGGAAAGAAGGCAGCGGUGGCGAUGUGGAUGCGGGGAGAGUGAAGGCGUUGGAGAGAGAGAAGCAGGGAUUGAUGGAGGAGAUGGAGGAGAUUCGGGCGACGUCAGGGAGCCGGUGA